AUGAUCGGCUCAACUCUGCUGGCCGCCAGCAGCCUCGCCGCCAUGGUCGCAGCAUACGACACAACCUUCGGCUUCAACGGCGCUCCCAUCAUCGAAACCCGCACCCUCGACGAGAUCCACCAAGCCGCACUCGCCGAAGGCGGCAUCGUAACAGCCUGGCACGGAGGCGACGAGACGAACCAGCAAGACGGCCUCAAAGCAGCCUUUGAAACUCGGUUCCCCGGCAUGACGCUCAACAUCACCGUCGACGUGUCCAAAUUCCACGACGGCAAUAUCGACCGCCAGCUCGCCCUCUCCGCCCCCGGCAGACCGGGCGCGCUGUACGUCGACACGGCGAUCCUGCAGACCUUGCACGAUUACCCGCGCUGGGACCUCGAGGGCGCGCUGCUGCACUACCGGCCCGUCAACUUUGACAAGAUUCACCCGGCGUUCCGGGACGUUCGCGGUGCGUGGCACGGGGUUUCGAUUUUUGCGUGGACGUUCAUUUGGAAUUCAGACCGGGAGGGGGAUGGCCCUCAAGAGUUUGCGGAUUUCUUGGAGCCGAGGUUUAAAGAUCGGCUUGUUCUUACGUAUCCUAACGAUGAUGAUGCGGUGUUGUAUGCGUUCGAUUUGAUCAUGCAACAAUUCGGCUACGAAUGGUUCGAAAAGCUCCUCGCCCAGAACCCGCGCUGGGUCCGCGGCACCGGCACGCCCGUCACCCUCCUCACCUCGCCCAACACGACUGUCUCCGCCACUUUCACCGCGGGCAUCGGUCUCCUCCCCAUGGCGCCGCUGAACGUGUCCAUCCCGAGCCAGGGAAGCUUCGUGACGUGGGCGCAGAGGGCGGCGACUUUCAAGGACGCGCCACACCCGGAGGGCGCGAAGCUGCUUCACAAUUUUAUGCUGAGCGACGAGUAUCAGUCGACGACGGGAUCGUGGAGCGUGAGGAAGGAUGUGGCGCCGCCGGCUGGGUACCCAGCGAUUAUGGAUGUUAACACGACGAAUCCGGUUGAGUUUGAGAGAUUUAUGGGGGACCGGGUGCGUGUUGAGCGGUUGAAGCUGUUCUUUGAGGAUAAGAUUGGGACGGCGCAGGGAUUGAGUCCUCUUAUUGAUGACUUGUGA